AUGGCGUUCUUAAAGCUUGCGGCGCCGUCUCCUCGCCCGAGCGCGAGAACCUGUCGUUAUUGCAGUCCAACCCGCGAUUUCUUCUACUCAAGACCUCCGCGGCCGAGGUUCUUCUCGCACAAGACUUCGCUGUUAGUGGUGGCUCGACCUAUCUUACGCCCCCAGCUGCCCUUCCUGUAUCCUUUCCCCCGUGGGAACACGCUCCAAACCCACGUCGGGCGAUUCAUCUCGACCGAACGAAAACAACGCUGGAGGGAACAAUUCUGGCGCUACGUUCGAAUCAAUGCCUACCUUUGGCCCGCGGCCCUCCUACUCACGGUGCUGUCCAUGGGCAUGGUGCAUACAAAGCUUGAACGGGAUUAUCCCACUCCUGGAGACUGGUCGUUCUGGAGCCGGUGGUGGAUGCGCGAAGCAAAAUUUACAGAGCUUGCGGAAGGCGCCAAGCUGAACCAGAUCCUGACGGAUUGGGCAAAAGCCGGUCAGCUAUACCUAAGCGUUCUUGAAAGGCUGGAAAGCGAGAAGCUGGAUGGGCAGUUCCUCAUCAAGAACGCAGAGAUAGAGUCAUCGACAGUGGACAAGUCUGAAGGGUUCGAUGUGAGUGCCAAGAGUGAGCAGUGGCGACGAGGUUAUCACGAAGCUCUCAUGGGUGCUGCACGUGUAGCUGAACAUUUGGAGGGUUUGUGCAAACUGAAAGGAGAUGUCAGAGGAGGCCGUGUAUAUCCGCGGGAGAGUAUCCCAGCUCCGGACAAUCCACGACCAAAACCACUUCCAUACUCUAGGAGACAAGGCCAUGUUACCCCGCCCACCUUGGAGGAAGUUGAAGACGCUUUUCCGCCUCCGCAUGUUUUCUACGAAAAAAUACUAAACACCAUUGGCUUCGACACCCGACAACGACUUGACGCUGCUCUGGCCUAUGCCGAUUGGUGUGAUUUCAAGGCCAACGACAGAACAGCCGAGGAUCUGUACGUCAAAGCCUCAGAGAUUGCUCAAUCCGGCUUGCCAGCGGGAACUGCGGACGUGGUCGAUGUGCAGACUGGGAUAAUUCUCAAAGGGCGGGAAGAUGCCGUGAGCGACAACAUUCUGCGAGCCUGCACUGCUUUCGGAGUACAUCACGUCAGAGGGGAAAACGUCAAGAACGCCCUGCCGGUAUUUCUCAGCGUUCUGCGAGCUAGGAAGACUCUGCCUGCGUCCCCUCUUGGCCCAGCCAUUGGACCAUCGAAAGUCAAGCUUGCGGAGGAGGGGGAAGGAUUGUUGGCUUAUGUAUAUGCUUUGAAAGAUCUGUUAGUUGAGAGGCCGUAUCCUCCACCUCCGCCAACCGGGAACGAAAGGCCUUAUCACACAUUGAAGGAAGCUUGUGAAGAGGUAGGACUCAUGACAUACAUUGGCGAGAUCCUUUUUGCCACAAGUGCUAGCGAACGGGCAAAAGGCCUUAGCUGGACUAGAGACAGCGUUGAGGCCGCCGAAGCCAUCAUGUGGGUAAUGGACGAACAAAAGGAGCGAGAUGGAAGGGAACGAUGCCGAGAGUGCUUGGAAACCGGCCUCCAGAACUGGAAAGCUAUGUCUCAACAGAUGGCGCGGCUUGCAGCGAAAAAGGAACAAGAAAUCGAGAGGAGCAAGGGGCUCUUUGGACUCGGUCUGGGCACAAAGCAGCAGCUGGAAAAGGCUCGAAAUGAGAGAAGGAGAUGGGAUGAAGAAAGUCUACAGGUGGAAUUGCGGAGGCAGAAGACUCUACCGCUGUUGCAAGAGCCACUGCAGCCCAUAUCUGGAGGCUGGAUGUCAACUCGUGUGUGA